CAGCGCCUGCUCCAUAGAAAGAACAAGAAUAGUGACAAUUGGAUUGUAGAGUCUUGGUGUGAGUUGUUGAGGGCUCUUUAUUUUAAUGGGGAAAGGUUCAAAAAUCAACUGCAAGUCUGCAUCUCACAAACUCUUCAAGGACAGAGCAAAACACCGGGUGGAUGACCUGCAGGCAAUUUUCUUGGAUCUGCGGUUUGCCAGGAAGGAGAGCCGCAGCAUCGAUGUUGCUGUCCUUGAGGAGCAAGUCCAUCAGAUGCUCCACGAAUGGAAAGCUGAGCUCAACGAACCUUCUUCUGCAUCUUCAUUGCAACAAGGAGGUAGUCUUGGUUCAUUUUCAUCAGACAUUUGUCGGCUGCUGCAGCUUUGUGAGGAGGAAGACGAUGCAACUAGUGUACUAGCUGUUCCAAAGCCUGAGCCUAAUGAUAAAAACCUGCAAGUAGGAGAAACUGCUGCUUUUCAAGAGGGUUAUGGAGUGAAUCAUUUAGUUGAUCAUUGCAAAUAUUCACCUUCAGGAGUCCGUGCCAUUCUAAUUAACAACUUGAAAGAGGCUACUCAAUUGGAAUACCCUCAGUUUGAUUUGCAUCAGGAUUUUGAACACUUCUACACAGGUUACAACGCUACGGGUUUCACUGGGGAGGAUGCCAUGCUACAUACUUCUGGCUAUCUGCCAAGUAUAUGCCUGCCACCAUCUGCAUUCUUAGGUCCAAAGUGUGCACUUUGGGAUUGUCCAAGGCCUGCUCAAGGGUUGUAUUGGUGUCAAGACUACUGUAGUAGCUUUCAUGCUAGCUUAGCAAUGAAUGAAGGACCAACUGGAAUGGGACCGGUUCUGCGACCCGGCGGCAUAGGCCUCAAGGAUGGACUGCUCUUUGCUGCUCUCAGUGCCAAGGUUCAAGGAAAAGAUGUGGGUAUACCGGAAUGUGAAGGAGCUGCAACUGCAAAGUCUCCAUGGAGUGCUCCUGAGCUCUUUGAUCUUUCAGUUCUCGAGGGUGAAUCAAUUAGGGAGUGGCUCUUUUUUGAUAAGCCUCAAAGAGCAUUUGAAAGCGGGAACAGAAAGCAGAGGUCUUUGCCGGAUUACAGUGGGCGUGGCUGGCAUGAGUCAAGGAAGCAAGUUAUGAAUGAAUUUGGAGGACUGAAGAGAUCAUACUACAUGGAUCCACAGCCACUAAAACAUUUUGAGUGGCACCUUUACGAAUAUGAAAUCAACAAGUGUGAUGCUUGUGCCUUGUAUAGGUUGGAAUUGAAGCUUGUUGAGGGUAAGAAAAAUGCAAAAGGGAAAUCAGCAAAUGAUACUGUUGCUGAUCUGCAGAAGCAGAUGGGAAGGCUCACUGCAGAGUUCCCAACUGAUAACAAACGCUUUGUCAAAGGAAGGGCUAAAAUUAGUGCAAAGGUUAGUGUCGGAAAUCCUUAUUCUACUCAAAAUGUGGUGGCACCAACAGGCGAGAAGUUUGAUUACGGGUAUGGAUUGGAGUAUGACUAUCUUGUUGACGAUUUAAGUGGUUAUUAUCUAACAUAGUCGAAGAAAAGGGGUAAAGGCUGCAAUAGCUACACCCAUUCAUCUAGUUUUGUUAUAUUUUAACACAGCCAGAGUGGUGGCUAUAAAUUACCAGAAAACCAGCUCUAGCUCAUAUUUUUGGUGGCCAUAAAUUUGUACAGUUAUUUUACUUACUGAAGUGUUUGUAGUUUAGAGGUUGAUGCCUCGAUCUAACUUCUGGAAGAUGGUGAGAAGCAAGAGAAAUGGCUGUUUUUCUUCAGACCAUGUGAAAACCUUUAAGCGAAUUAUAUUUCUAGGGUUCCAACACUUGAAUGUUAAGUCUUUAAUCUGCUCAUGAAAGAUAAUCUCAAUCUGUAGUUGAGUAUAUAUGAAUGGUGUACAAUUCUCGAGUCAUUAUAGCUUGGUCAAUGCUUGCAGAACUAGUAAAUGAUUUUGGAUUUAGCUUC